ACUCGUUUACAUGGCGCGAGCUAAAGUGCUGGGUAGAAAUCAGCGGACUAGGAAAGGAGGAGAGAAAAAUACACGGAUUAUUUCCCUUCCUUCCCCUUUGGCUCUCUUCCUUCAGGGUAGUUAAGCCAGUCGAAGCGAGAAUCCCCGGCCUCUGGAGGAGAGUCCGUGCGCAUCGUCGCAGGCAAACAAUCCAGGACUGGCCUGGCCGCUCUCGCAAAACUUGCUCCAACUCCGGCUCUUAAUUGUUCGUUUGGAGGGCUGCCUGGGACCAAUUCCGAAGGCGGCCCCGAGCCCCACGCCAGCCAGAGCGCGAAGGGGGAAGAGGAGACGGGGCUGCUGGGUUGGCUCGCUCGGGAAGCUGCUGUUGCCAUAACCAAGGCGGGUUUACUGUGCAAACUUAAGAGGACAAUUCCCGAGGCGGUUUUUGUUUAUUAGUUUUUUUAAGGCGGGGUCAGGAGGGAAGGAAAAGCUGCUGAAGGACAGCCAUCCAGCAGCCCCUUUACAGAAGGGGGCACGAGAGCUUCUGCACUAGGGUGGGCGGCUCGCCCCUGCCCCGAGCGGACGGGAGAGGCAAGGAGCUUCGGCUCCGUGUUCUUCCGAGGCACUUUUAAGUGGCUCCGGGGUCUGUUCGCGAGGAAGAAGGGCGGGCGGCAGUGCGCACAGCGCGGUUCGCCGCCACCAUUUCUGUAGGAAAGUUCGGUGCCAGCCCCGAGCGUUUCGAGGCUCCAUGGGAUGAGGCUUCCCAACGGGCAAUUGGACGAGGGCUGCGGUCUCCUCUCCUUCCCUCGCCUCUCAGAUUGAGCGGCGGAAGGGGCUUGAAAUCAACGCUUCCGCCAGUUUUCCCGCAAGGAGCGGGGAGGGGGGGACACUACUGAACUUGCUCUCCUUCUGGGGAAGGCGAGAGAAACGACCCCUUUUCCUAGUUGCCUUGGCUUUUUCGAGCACCACCAGCCGGGACGCAUCUUCCCUCCGCCGUGUAACUCCUGGCUGCUUUAAAACUCCCCCCUUCUCCUUUUUACCUUCCCUCCUCCCUCUUCCUCGCCUGCCUGGGGCUGAAUUAGUUCCCCUCUUAGUCCUGCCUCUGCUUGUUCCUGGUCUAGGCUGUGCCGCCUCUUUCUCUCCCCACCCCCCUUUCUUUCUUUUUUUCGCGCUCCCUUUUUCGGAUCGGUGGACGCUACUGGUGUCUGGAGGAAUUUCUCUUGCUGUUCUUUCCUUCCUGCCCUGAGGCUGGCAGCAAAGGGGAGGGGGGAGGAGGCAAAAGCCAGUGUGAGUUGCUGCUGCAGCAGCGGGAGAUGUGGAUUCUUGGUUGCAGCUGCAGCACAAGGACACGGUCAGGCAACCGGGCUGCAGCUGAGAGACUCGGCUAGUCGGAGGCAGCAGCCACUCCGCUCCAAGUGAGAGAAGACGAAAGGACCUGGGAUUGCCGCUGCCAGACAGGAAUAAAUCCAACUCUUGGACAAACACGAUCCUCUCGUUUCCUUGCUGAGGGAAGAGGGGCGGGGGGUUGGCAGGCUGCCGCUUUUUGGGCACCCCAAGGAUUGAGGCCAUUCUGGCGGACGGGUGCGAAGUGGAGGCCGGUCUGGGGUUUAACAAUGGUGAGGUUUCUGGUGAGCUCCUGCUGCGCCCUGGCUGCGUCGGUGCUGCGCCAUCCCCGCAUCGGAUCACGGUGAGGAAAAAAUGAGCGAAGAGACGGCGAAUUCUAACAACGAUAAUAGUUAUGCCCGUGUGCGAGCUGUGGUGAUGACCCGUGAUGACUCAAGUGGUGGAUGGUUACCACUUGGAGGGGGUGGACUGAGCUGCGUCACUGUUUUCAAAGUCAUUCACCAGGAAGAAAAUGGCUGUGCUGAUUUUCUUGUACAUGGGGAGCGUCUCAGGGAUAAAACGGUGGUUUUGGAAUGCACAUUAAAGAAGGACAUUAUUUACAAUAAGGUUACGCCAACUUUUCACCACUGGAAGAUUGAUGACAAAAAAUUCGGCCUCACAUUUCAGAGUCCUGCUGAUGCAAGAGCAUUUGACAGAGGCAUUCGGAGAGCAGUUGAAGAUAUUUCUCAAGGUUGUCCAACUUCACAUGAUGAAAUCGAAGUGCCUGCUGAUGGCUUUCCAGCAAUUCCAGAAAACUCAUCCAGUUUGCUAGUGAAAGAUCAUCUUUUCCAACAAGAACCUAUCGUGAGAAAUGAUCCUUACAAAAGCUUAAAUAUAAGACCGUCAGCCUUUGAAGAUUUGAACUCCAGAAGAUCCUACUUUCACAGCCAGUCCAACCAGAUAUCCCCGAAACCAGUCAGGAAUGUCAGUUUUCAGGAUGAAGAAGAAAUUGUCCGAAUAAACCCUCGUGAUAUUUUAAUACGCCGCUAUGCAGACUAUAGACACCCAGACAUGUGGAAAAAUGACUUGGAUAGGGAUGAAGCAGACACUUCACUGCAGUGUCCUAAGGCAGACCAUAAAAAGUCAGAAUAUCUCUACCCCUCUGGGGAUGGAACCAAGCUGAAUUCCCUAAAAGAGCCAAAAAGUUCUGUGGUACUUAAAACACAGCCUUCCUCUUUCAAAUUAAAAAAAUCAAAGCGACGGAAAGAAGACGGUGAGCGUUCUCGCUGUGUGUACUGCCAGGAGAGGUUUAAUCAUGAAGAGAAUGGCCGGGGCAAGUGCCAGGAUGCCCCUGACCCUAUUAAGAGGUGCAUAUACCAAGUUAGCUGCAUGCUUUGUGCUGAGAGCAUGCUCUAUCACUGCAUGUCAGACUCCGAAGGGGAUUUCUCAGACCCCUGCUCAUGCGACACGAGCGAUGACAAGUUCUGCUUACGAUGGCUCGCUCUUGUCACUUUGUCCUUCAUUGCACCAUGUAUGUGCUGCUACCUCCCCUUGAGAGCCUGCCACCACUGUGGCGAAGUCUGCGGAUGCUGCGGAGGGAAGCAUAAAGCUGCAGGGUGAACAGCUCUGGCGCCAAAUUGCUGACAAGUCUUUAUUUUUGGGAAGCAUCAACUUGUGGAAAGCAUUUGGCAAACAGAAGGGAAACCUGUCAUGUGCACAAGGCCCAUUGUGGAAGAAGCAUCAGAACUCUUGUUGCAUUUUAAGAAAGUUAGCCAUGCCUAAUAAUCUGUUUUUAAGUGCAUGGUGCAAGUCGUGGAGGAGUUCUUGCAAAAGGAAAGUUUUUUCUUACGACUGGCAGUGGAAAUAAGCAUAAACUGCAGUCCGUGCUAUAAGGGAUCAAUUUCAGCAAUUUGUGUAUUUUGUGGUUUAGGUGAUGGGGGGCUCUGAAAUAAAUGUUUGGCAGAAAUUUUUAACUAAAUCUGCACUAGUGAGAGCUGAUUUAAAACUAAAGAAAGUUAAUAACUUGGUGACUGCGAGAAAUUUAAAUUGAUUUUAAGUCCAACUAAAUUGCUUAUAAAUAGUUUUUGGAAGCAACUUUAUGUACAAAUAACAAAUGUUUAUAUUUAACUAUAUGGUACGAAUUAUUAAAUCUUCCUUCCCCUUUCCAGUUGCAAAGCAGUUAUGGACCACAUUUCCAGUCACAUUCCGUGAUAGUAUUUCUCAAUAUUUAACUAGUUAGUAGCAUUUCUAUUACAUAUGGACAAAUCAGUAUUUUCUGUCUUGUGUCCUUCAACUACAUUUUGUACUGAGUUCCCUCUGUGUACAUUCUGGUAAUUUGAAAGCCUUUAAAAUAUUAAUUAUUGUAGUCUUGAAUGACCAAUGUUUUGUUAAGCACAGGUAUAAUUGUCUAAUGCUCUUAUGAGAACAUAACAUUUAUUUUUAUAUAUAAAUGAUUCUGAUUUUAAUGUAAUGGCAGAAGAGGUUCCUCCAGACACACUUUUUUUUUUAAACCAGGAGAAUUUUCUUUUAUGGUUUCCUCCAAAAUGAAGUUGUUGAUCGCUAAUGUUUGGGGAAGGAAAAUUGCCGUGAGGUAAUGCUUAUAAAAUAUAUAUUUAUCAUUCUGUUCAACUUAGUAUGAGUUAUUUCUUCAGACUACUACAGGAACAAAAAUAUUUGCAUUAUUUUAAUUUUAUUGGCCUAGCAAAAACUUUAAAAACUGCAGCCUGGGUAGGAAAAAGCAAGUGAAUUGUGAAUGAAAGUGGAUUUUACUUUGUCUUUUGAGUUGUACGAUAUUAAUAAUGAAUGUUUAACUUAACGUUUGGCUGUGUGUUCUGAAUACCACCUUUGGGGAACUGCCUAAAUGUCAUCACAUGGUAACAUAGCUGAGCAUACAGGAUUUUUAUUAAUAAAACUCUCUAAAGCA